UGUUGAAAUAGUCGCCGCGUCGCUGGCUCACAGUCCUGAGAGAGCGGAGGAGCUGCAGCCCGCCAUUGUGUCGAAGCUAGGCUCUGCGGAGAGACAGAUAGGGGCUAACUCUCGCAUAGACCUUUUCUGACCGUUUAACAGUGCCCGUUUUAAUAGCAGCCCCAGGGGGAGAGAAAUGUCAGCCAGCAGCCUUCUCGAACAGAGACCGAAAGGCCAAGGAAACAAAGUGCAAAAUGGAGCUGUAAACCAAAAGGAUGCGCUGAAUGAUGAUGAAUUUGAGCCCUACCUGAACACUCAGGCCAGACAGAGCAAUGCCUAUACGGCCAUGUCUGACUCCUACAUGCCCAGUUACUACAGCCCUUCCAUAGGAUUCUCCUAUUCGCUGAACGAGGCGGCAUGGUCUACGGGAGGGGACCCCCCCAUGCCUUACCUGACCUCCUAUGGACAGCUCAGCAAUGGGGAGCAUCACUUCCUGCCCGAUGCCAUGUUUGGCCAGCCGGGGGCGCUGGGGAGCAAUCCCUUCCUGGGGCAGCAUGGCUUCAAUUUCUUCCCUAGCGGCAUUGACUUCUCCGCCUGGGGCAGCAGCAGCUCCCAGGGUCAGUCCACGCAGAACUCGGGCUACAGCAGCAGUUAUGCCUAUGCCCCCAGCUCCUUGGGGGGUGCCAUGAUUGACGGACAGUCCCCCUUCGCCGCCAACGAGCCCCUGAACAAGGCCCCCGGGAUGAACAGCCUGGAUCAGGGAAUGGCCGGUCUUAAGAUUGGCGCUGGGGACAUGGCUCCCAAGGUGGUGGGCUCAGGACUCCCAGGGGGGGCCCUCAGCCAGGUCUCCGGGGCUCCCAGCAUGCCCCCUGCCUCAAUCACCCCAGCGAAGCCAGCCUCCUGGGCUGACAUCGCUAGCAAGCCGGCCAAGCCGCAGCCCAAGCUGAAAACGAAGGGUGGUGUGGGCGGGACUAACCUACCCCCUCCGCCUAUCAAACAUAACAUGGACAUCGGCACCUGGGACAACAAGGGGCCUGUGCCCAAGGUGUCUGCUCCGCCGACUGCUAUUCCCAGUAACGGGCAGCCACCUAACCAGGCCUCCCCUCAGCCCGGUGCCACUGCUGGGGGUGUCCCGCAGCUCCCCCUUAGCAACGGACAGCUGGUUCCCCCUACUGGGCAGCUUGGACAGCACCAGCCACCCCCAGCUCCUCAGCAGGGCAUGGCUCCACCCCAGCUCCCUCCAGGCCCUCCCGCUCCCCAGCCUGCUGCGCCCACGCGUUGGGUGCCCCCUCGUAAUCGUGCCAAUGGCUUUGGGGAUGCUGGGGGUGGGGCUGGGCAGUCCCCGCCCACUUCUGAGGUGGGAGGGGUUUCAAUCCCCCCAGAACCACACCCCGUUCUUGAGAAGUUGCGCCUGGUCAACAAUUACAAUCCCAAGGACUUUGACUGGAACCCCAAGCAAGGGCGUGUGUUCAUCAUCAAGAGCUACUCGGAGGACGACAUCCACCGCUCCAUCAAGUACAACGUGUGGUGCAGCACGGAGCACGGCAACAAGCGGCUGGACGCCGCCUACCGCUCGCUGGGCGCCAAGGGACCGCUCUACCUGCUCUUCAGCGUCAACGGCAGCGGGCACUUCUGUGGCGUGGCCGAGAUGCGCUCGCCCGUGGACUACAACACGUGUGCUGGCGUGUGGUCGCAGGACAAGUGGAAGGGCCGCUUCGACGUGCGCUGGAUCUUCGUCAAGGACGUGCCCAACAGCCAACUGCGGCACAUCCGGCUGGAGAACAACGAGAACAAGCCGGUGACCAACUCGCGGGACACGCAGGAGGUGCCGCUUGAUAAGGCCCGGCAGGUGCUCAAGAUCAUCGCCAGCUACAAGCACACCACCUCCAUCUUUGACGACUUCUCGCACUACGAGAAACGGCAGGAGGAGGAGGAGAGUGUGAGAAAGGUGGAAGUUCAGGGAAACGACCCCUACACCAGUAACCCGAGCAGGGGUCAUUACAGGCUGCAGGAUCGCCAAGGACGUGUGAAGUAAGGCGUCACCUCUGGGGAAAAGACUGAGAUGCCCCCCCACCCGACCUCCUCUUCCCUGACAUCAGAUCUGUUCAGAAGCUCAAAUGGGGGAAAGAUGUUAACCAAGGACAUGAAAGAUAAACUCAAAUGAAGACUUUCUUGAUUUCUGUUGACUUUAAAGACUUAUUUCAAACUUAUAGUAAAAAGAAUUAUUCAUAGGACUAUGAACUUAAAAGCAACUAUAGCAUCCUUAGGUGAACUUUUUUUUUUUCAGCCCCCCUCCCUCCCCAUAUGCCCCCCUCCCCCCCAUUUCACUGAAUCCCCUCAUUUUCAGUUUUUAAACUUCUGUUUUUACAGUCCAACAGCAGGCAUUUAUUACCCGCCCACUGAAGCGUGUGUUUACCUGCCCGUUCGUGUGGCCAAGGGGGCACUUUGGUAUCUUUUUUUUUUUUUUUUUUUUGCCUGCCAUCCCAUUCCUACCCCCCCUCCCACGCCGCCCUCCACGGAGAUUUAAUUGUUCUCACUGAAUGCGCUGUGGUGUCAUUGUGGGUGGUCUGAUCUGCCUUUCGCACGGUCAUUGUCCUCAAUCUCCUCCUCGGCUGUUACACCUUCCAGUCCUCAGCAAAUGAAUGUGCAGGAGGGGUUUGGCCAGUCGUUCCUUUUUUAAGAAAAUAACAUGUUUGGGGGAAAUAGGGUUGGGCUGCACUGAAAGCAGAGAAUUGAGUUAGACAUGGUCCUGUAUGGUUUUAUUGUAUAAAUGGGCUGUGUUCUGUUGUCUUUGAACACAUCUCCCCCCCCCUUCUUUAAACGUCUAAAUUGUUGCUAUGGGCUGCUUUCUUUAUCCAUUUUUUUGUUUCUUCCUCAAGUCAGCAAUGAGACAGGUCACCUGCCUCUCUAUUAAUCAGUUCAACGUAAUAAAUGUGAUAUCAUACUCAGCAAGA